UGCUAUCCACCCCUUUUUUCCAAGGCACACAUUUUGCCUGUGCUCUUGGAAAAGCUAGUUAUAUACAAAUGAGAGUCUUUCACUGAGUUUGUCAAUUCUUUUUCAAAGAUGGAGCGGCUAAUGCUGCCAUUUUUGGUAACCUGUUUGCUAUAUUCAGGGUCGGCUUCCCUGUUGGUACUUGAUUAUCCGAUAUCAUUGUACCAUGCGGAUUCCAGACUCUCCACCGUCCUUUGGCUCCGUCCUGCCUAUUGCCUAUAUGAGCAAUGGACCAGAGAGACUUUAGAUCCUAGUCAGGCUUCUCAUUGGACAGCAACCCUAUUGGUGGAAGCAAAGGCUGAAGGAUCUAACAGUACUUACAAGAUUGGUCAGCGGUUUCCUGUGCCCCGAUGUAGUCCAGUGGUAGAUGACACUGCUGCUUAUGGGAUGGGACCCACCUUAGUUUGCUUGAAUGACAGCUGCACUAAACCAGUCCUUCCUGGCCAUGGGUACAGCGUCCGCUUUGUUCUCUACAAUCAAGCCCAGUGUCGCCUUGCUGCUACAAAGUGGUCCCAGCUUUUCCAUACACGAGAUCUACCCCGUAGCUUCCGGUCCAUAGAGACUGAUUUCCGAGGUGCCUCUGGAGGACGAGUGGCCGUCAUCGUCCUGCUAAGCAUCACUGUGUUCAUCCUUCUGGCAGGUGUUUGGUUUGCCAUAUCUAACAACAAUCAUCGUUCCUAGCUUUGCUCACUGGAUGUGGGAGCUCUGUGUUAAAAAACAUGCUGGACCACUUCUUGAAUUGUACAAAUCUGGACCAGUUCCAAUAUUACCAAGUUUUUUGCUUGUUUCUUCAGCAGCCCAAUAAAGAUAUCUCAUAGCCUUUA